AUGGUGUCUCUUACCGAGGAUGAAACCGACCCGUCGAACGAUGCGUUUCUGGAUGGGGGCUCCUCGUUAGAAACCCGGACACAACCUGAUCUCCCCUUUGACGAUUUGACCUGUGACCUUGAUACCCCGGCUUUACAAAACCCCCCUUUCCCACCAUACCCCUUGGUGACACCACCCUACUCCCAGUUCGUCGCACCCGGCGACACUUACAGCCUAGACAAUCUACCGUUCUUAGGCCCCGGAAAUGACGGCCAAACCUCCACCAUUUACCCCGGAGAGUCUCCCAUGACCCCAGUGUUCGGCCUUUCAGACCCUUACAUCGACCAAACCGCUGGGUUUUCGGGAAGCCAGAUCGACGCAACGGCACAAGCGGAGCAGCACACUGCCAGUUAUCCUCCAGUCACUCUCGAUUAUGCGGAUUUAAACACACCCUCCUUUUCUGUGGACCCCAAUUUUGGCCUCCCCGACAACCUCGAUUACGGCGCCUUUGACGGCGAAGACACCAACUGUGAGGGCAGCGGUAACAGCAGCCCAAACAGUACCCCCAGCACCGUCACCGAGGCCAGCACCAAGAGGACUACGGAAAGCAACCCCGGUACGACUUUCAUCCCACGUAAAUGCGGCAAAUGCGCCCAAGACGACGUUUAUGACACCUACAAAGACCUCAAAUUCCACCGGCGUAACCGCUGCUCCAGCAACGUCGUCACCUGCCAUACAUGCGGCCACCGCGUAUCCACCAAACACGACCUCCGCCGUCAUAGACGGGCGAAACACCGCGACGGGAAAAUUGUCUGGAUACGGUGUCCGGCGCUUGGGUGCACGUACAAGUCGGAUCGGGGUGAUAACGUGAAGAGGCAUCGAGAGGCGAAAAAGCACUAA